AUGUCUUCAACCGCGGAGCACAUACAAAGUCCAGCGAAUGGACUUAGUACUGGUAUCCCCAACCUGCGCGAUCGUCUUCCAAAAUUAGAACCUCGAAAAAAGCGAAAUGCACCAUCGAAUCCUCUUCCCGUCCCUGAGACACCAGAUCUACCAUCUCCCCCAGAUCAGUCAAGCUUGAAAUUCUGCAAGCCUACGAGACGAAUUCUAUCACCCAAGGAUCAUGAUCUCUUCCUUCAGUCUCCUACUUACAAAUUGCUCUUAGCAUUUGUCUUUAGUCUAACAGAUUCAGUCAUCGAUACACCAGUCUCAGCGACUACUAAGACAGACCUCAGCUCCACCGUUACCACUAUUCUCGAAAUAUUAGACAAGGUUGAGGAUGUGGUACAAAGAAGUCCGCCAGAAGAGCAAGGUGAUUCAAGAUUUGGCAACAAAGGUUUCCGCGAUUUUCUCGAAUUAGCUACAAAAGAGCAUAGUGGAUGGCAUAAACAAUUGGGUGUUUCGUCCGAUGAAGCUAUCGCCGAAGUCUCUACAUACUUUUUACAAUCUUUCGGGAAUCGCACCAGAAUUGACUAUGGAUCGGGACACGAGUUGAACUUUAUGAUAUGGUUAUUAUGUUUAUAUCAACUUGGAAUAGUGACUCGUCAAGACUUCCGCCCGCUGGUCUUGAAAGUCUUUACACGAUAUUUGGAGCUUAUGAGGACUAUACAGAAAACGUAUUAUCUAGAACCGGCAGGCUCGCACGGAGUAUGGGGACUCGAUGAUUACCAAUUUCUUCCAUUCCUAUUUGGCGCUUCUCAACUUUUACAUCAUCCGUAUAUCCGUCCUUUGUCGAUUCAUCAAAAUCUUAUAUUGGAAGAAUAUGGCAAUGAAUAUCUGUACUUGGGACAAGUUAACUUUGUUAAUAGCGUUAAGAAUGUUGAAGGACUGCGGUGGCACAGUCCAAUGUUAGACGAUAUAUCUUCCGCGAAAAACUGGACAAAAGUUGAAGAUGGUAUGAGAAGGAUGUUUGUGGCCGAGGUACUCAAAAAACUACCUGUCAUGCAACAUUUUCUUUUUGGUUCUCUGAUACCAGCUGAGGAUGGUAUGAGCACAGAGGAAGAGUUCGGAGUUCCCAAUGAAGAAGAUGAUGCGGAAGGGGGAGAGGUAGUCGUUAUGCAUGAUGGAAUGAGGCAUGUUCAUCAAAUGAAUAGUUGGGGUGAUUGUUGCGGGAUUAAAGUACCGAGUAGUGUUGCGGCAGGCCAGGAAAUGAAGAAAAGGAUGGGAAAUGAAGGUCUGAGAAGAAUACCCUUUGAUUAA